GUAGACCCCGACGAUGCCAACGAAGACUCCUGCUCAUUCUUUUCACAGAUAAUGUUUUAGAUAGAGAGGGAGAGAGAGAGAGAGAGAAUCACCCCCAGAAAACCCAUUCUGAUUCAAACAUCGUUUCUUGUUUUGUUUUUAUCCAUUUUCUCGGCCACUUUCCCGCGUUUUCCGGGGAAAAAAAGGAAGAAAGAAAAGAAAAGAAAAUGAUGGUGACGGAGAGGGACCCAGCGAUCAAGCUGUUCGGGAAGGAGAUUCCGCUGCCGAGAAACGGGCUGACUUGUUUGGAAGAUGGGAGGUCUGAUCAUGAUCUUAGUUCUCUUGUGGAUGCCUGUUUGGAAGCCGAGAAAGUAAGCAAAACACGGGAGGAAGAAGAAAACGAACCAGAAGCUGAUCACAAGUAUCCACUAGCAGAAAAACCUCCAACUACAGAGGACCCUGCAAAUCAAGAAACAUUGCUGGAGUCUGAUGAAAACCCUAAAACACCCUCGUCUGGCGAUGAAAAACCUCCAAAAACUGAAAAUGAUGGAAGUGAUACAAAUAGCCCCGAACAGAAAACCCUGAAAAAGCCAGAUAAAAUCCUCCCAUGCCCGCGUUGUAAAAGCAUGGACACGAAAUUCUGUUACUACAACAAUUACAACGUCAAUCAGCCCCGCCAUUUCUGCAAGAGCUGUCAGAGGUACUGGACUGCUGGCGGCACCAUGAGGAACGUGCCUGUAGGAGCUGGAAGACGCAAGAACAAGAAUUCUGCCUCCUCGCAUUGUCGCCACAUCACAAUAUCCAAGGCUCUCCACUCUGCUGAAAUUGAUACCCCCAAUGGAAUUCACCGUCCUGCGUUCAAAACCAAUGGCACGGUCCUCUCAUUUGGCACAGAAGCACCAAUUUUUGAAUCCGUGGCUUGUGUCUUGAAUCUUGCAGAGAAAAAGGCUCCUGUUGGUGGAGAAAAGGGGGAUGAUUGCUCUAGUGGUUCAUCUGUCACAACUUCAAAUUCAUUGGAAGGAGCAGAGAGGAAUGGGAUUCAAGAACGCUUUGUUCCUCAAAUUCCAUGCCUCCCUGGGGUUCCAUGCCCCCCUGGGGUUCCAUACCCUUAUCCUUGGAAUACCUCGAUUCCUGUACCGGCCAUUUGCCCUUCUGUAAUCCCCAUGCCAUUCUACCCUGCCCCAUAUUGCCCCGCCCCAUAUUGGAAUUGCAGUGUACCGGAUGCUUGGAGCAUUCCAUAUCUACCAACUCUAGGGAAGCGAUCAAGAGACGGGGACUUGGUAAAACCGAGCAAUUCAGAUGAAAAAGAGCCUAAAAAUUCAGAGAGGUCUAUUUUGAUUCCGAAAACUUUGAGGAUUGAUGACCCUGACGAAGCUGCAAGGAGCUCUAUAUGGACAACGCUUGGGAUUAAGAACGAUUCCAUUAGCGGGAAAGGACUUUUUAAGGCUUUUGAACCGAAGGGCAAAGAAAAGAAUCACAUAGCCGAAACCCUACCAUCAAUGCAAGCUAACCCUGCAGCUUUCUCUAGGUCCCUCAGCUUUCAAGAGGCCGCCUAGAAUGGUUUUUGAUCUACAUAUAGACCGUAUUGAUUUGCAGCCUUGUGGAAAACAAAUGUGAAAUUUCACUGUCCGAGAAAACGGAUGAAGGUAAGGUUCUUCAGUGGGAUAUUAGGCUUAUUUCAGAGAAGCUAGCUGGAAUUGAUGUCUUCUUACUUGUAACAUUAAAAGCUGUUUUUGGAUUAUAAAUUUGAAUAGGGAUUUGGAGAGGGGAAAUGAAAAGGGUUGGGAAGAAUGACAAAAAACUUAUUUUUUUUGUCAAUUUUCCAUUAUGUUUUCUUUUCCCUCCCCAAAUUCUUAUUUAAAUUUAAGAUUCAAACAGUUUAAGUUUAAGAAUAGGUGCCUUUGUUUUA